AGCGCGCUCCCUUUUUUACCGCCAUCAGAGCGGCGCGAGAGAGACACGCAGAUCCAGGCUGAGGGGCAGCGAGAGUGACCGAGUCAGAGUCUCCGAGUCCGGCCUCAGUCCGCCUUCAUCUCCGCUUAAAGACACAGACGCGCCGCUUCUCCGCGCCUCAGCUCUAGGAAUAACAGUGAAACAUGGCAGACCUUGACAAUAAAGAGCAGGCUGAGCUGGACCCAGCUGAUAUGGAAGAUGUUGAGGAGGUUGAGGAGGAGGAGACUGGAGAAGAUGUUAACAGUAAAGAGAGGCAGUUGACUGUGCAGAUGAUGCAGAACCCUCAGAUUCUGGCAGCUCUGCAGGAGCGACUGGACGGCCUUGUGGGUUCUCCCUCGGGGUACAUGGAGAGCUUACCAAAGGUAGUGAAGAGACGUGUAAAUGCACUUAAGAACCUGCAGGUGAAAUGUGCCCACAUCGAGGCAAAGUUUUAUGAAGAAGUUCAUGAGCUGGAGAGGAAGUAUGCUGCUCUGUACCAGCCUCUGUUCGACAAGAGGAGUGACAUCAUCAAAGCUGUGUAUGAGCCCACAGAUGAAGAGUGUGAGUGGAAACAGGAGGAGGAGGAAGAGCUGACAGUAAGUAAGCAGGUACAGGAGGAGAUGAAGGAGAAAGCUAAGCUGGAGGAGGAAAAAAAGGAUGAAGAAAAAGAGGACCCUAAAGGAAUCCCUGAAUUCUGGCUUACUGUCUUUAAGAAUGUGGACCUGCUCAGCGAAAUGCUGCAGGAACAUGAUGAGCCAAUCCUCAAGCACUUACAAGACAUCAAAGUCAAAUUCUCUGAUGCAGGCCAGCCAAUGAGUUUCACAUUAGAGUUCCACUUCGAACCCAAUGACUUCUUCACAAACACAGUUCUGACCAAAACCUAUAAGAUGCGAUCUGAGCCAGACGAGUCAGAUCCAUUCUCCUUCGAUGGGCCAGAAAUUAUGGGCUGCACAGGGUGCACGAUCGACUGGACCAAAGGCAAAAAUGUUACAUUGAAAACCAUCAAAAAGAAGCAGAAGCACAAGGGUCGUGGCACAGUCCGAACGGUUACAAAAACGGUCCCCAACGAUUCUUUCUUCAACUUUUUCUCUCCUCCUGAAGUACCUGAGAGUGGGGAGCUGGACGAGGACUCUGAGGCAGUCCUGGCAGCUGACUUCGAGAUCGGUCACUUCAUCCGUGAGCGCAUUGUUCCCCGAGCCGUUCUCUACUUCACUGGAGAGGCCAUCGAGGAUGACGAUGACGACUAUGAUGAGGAGGGAGAGGAGGCUGAUGAUGAGGAGGGAGAGGAGGAGGCAGAUGAAGAGAACGAUCCAGAUUAUGAGCCGAAGGUGUAAAUGGUGUCUGUAGAAAUAACCCAGUCCUGAAGGAUGCCAACCCCCCAGCAGAGUGUAAGCAGCAGUGAUGGAGCUCCACCGUGGUUGGGAUUCCACUGCACUGUAACGGCUUUCGAAAACAUAGUUCCUUACCGCCUUAUAAUGUUUUGUAUUUUUCUUGGUAGAAAUAAUUGAGAAAUUACAGUUUUUGUUACAAAAAAACACACUCAUUAAUGGAGCUGUGGCUCGUUCAUCAUUUAGUAUUUUACUAGACCCGUUUUUGUUUGCUUUUUUUUCCUUCUGUAAAAUAGUUAGAAUGCAGAGAAAUCCCUCAAACGCAUGACUCGUUUCUUCACUGCUAAAGUAGUUGGGUUCUUGUGAUGUCUUUUGUUGUAUUGCUCUUAGACAACAGCUGUGGGAAGAUUGUUUUGAGGCAUGAUUAAGGAAGACAAGUAACCAUUCCCCCUCUUUAUGCAGUUUAAGGUGCAUGAUGAAGGAAAAUGCAUCAAGUUAAUGUUUUGGGACAUUCCAAUGUGCUAAAUUGCUUGGUUCAGCAAGAAUUGAUAACAUUAUUAGUCUGAAUGUGCAAGGACAAGUUAAAGUAUCACAUUCCAGCCUAAUGGGGAAUUGGCUCUGCCUCUUUAGCUAAGGGGUGGAGCCAAUAGCUAUAGCACGACUUGACUCUUCUGCAGCUCAAUUCCGAAUGGCUCCCUAUUGCACUUCCCAGUGCUGUUUAAUUGCAGAUGGCAUUAUUUCAUGCCCUAUAUAGGGAUGAGGUAAAUAGGGGGUAUUUGAGAUUCAGGCUAUUUUAGCACUUUUAAUUGUCAUGUGCCAAUGGCAUCUUCAUGUGUAGCCUGUGUCUGAGCUCUGAGGGGAUGUUUUGGUACAAAUUUUCACACUUUUGCUUUAUUCAACUUGGGUUAACUGAUGGGAUACGGGUGGGGACCAGUUUAACCCAGGUUAACAUGCAAAGACGACAGUUAAUUAAGACUGUGUUGAAUUAGCACUUUGAGCAAUCAAAAUUUGCAGAUGUCAAUUUAGCACUAGCUUUUGCUGUGCAGGGCUGGACCAAUUAAAACGAGGCAGAAAACGAGCUGGUUUUGACUAAACGGUUCUGAUUUAGCUAACUUUGACUGUUUUUGAAGCUUGUUCAGUUGGUGAUGACCCAGCCUCAGCAUAGCAAGUCUAUCACUGUGAAGGGGUCUGUGUACAAGUGUGAAAUGUACAGUCAGGUUUUUGUAGCCUGGUCUCUGUUGUAGCCCGGCAGAAAGAGCAAUAGCGCCCCUUGGAGCCGGCCCCGAUGCCCUUUUGUAGCCUCUGAACAGUGAGUGCACACUGCAGCUGUUGUCAAAGUGAAAUGCCAUGCUACAGAUACUAAUGUACUCAAUAACUGUUCGUGGAUGUAUAUUCAUGAAAUAAAUGGGUUAAACGUG